AUGUCCAGGCCGACUGACUCAGCUGGAUCGCGAGAGGAUAGGCCGCCGGCCGGGCGGCGGCGGGCCGCUGGCGGCCUUCUGGCCGCCACUGAUGGCGGCGGCGGAGGCGGAUCGAACAGCCCAGGCCGGGCCGUGGCGUGGCUUCCCGGCGUCGGAGGGCCGGGCAGCGGGGCCAGAGUGGGCGCUGCGUCCGGCGCCGGGACGCAUAUCGACCCGGUCCGGAGCGGCAAUUCUCAGGUGAAAGUGAUCAACGCCUUCCUGCAGGUGGGCGAUCACGCCGGCCUGGACCGCUACCUCAGCAAGCAACAGGUGCCCACACUGACGCUCAACAUGGCCUUGCAGCGCGCCUGCAUCGCCAGCGACGAGGAGGCUGUGCGUGUGCUGGCGCGGCGAGGCGCCGACGUCAACUACACAGACCAGUUCGGCACCACCAUCCUUCACUUUGCCAUGCGCGGCGGCGGCGACUCUGACAUGAUACAGGAGCUGCUGCGUCUCGGCCUUGACCACCAGUCCUGGAGGCAGGAGGGACAAAUGCUGGUGCACUGGGCCUGCCGUAAAGGCCAUCUACAGGUCGUCCGGUAG